UCAUCAGUCAACGUCAAAUAGCGUAAAUAACAUAACAUAAAAAUAUUAAACUAAUCAACCUUCACAAAUGAAAGAAAAAUAAGAAAUUUCGAUAGCAAAUUAAAUAGAGAAAAUAAGCGAAAUUUUGUUAAUAUUUUAUAUGACUUUGUAACUAAACUCUUCUGUGAUAAAAUAAUGUUUUCCUAGUCUUUGUACUUCUCUUUAUGUGGUAAUAAAUAAUUAGUUGGCAUGGCUUCGACACCGCUAAGAAGACUCUUCCAUUGGGGACCGAUAGCUGUUUUAUGUAUAAUAAAGCUCAUAACAUGGGCUAUGGUGCAUUUAAUUGGAAUGUGGUGGCCACCAACUGAAUCUGUAGGUGGAGCGGUCCAUGCUGCGGUGUUUCUGUUAUUUGCUGCCUCAACUUUAUACUAUUUCCUCCAGUCUUUAAUGGAAGGACCAGGAUUUGUACCAUUGGGAUGGAAACCAGAUAAAGAAGAAGACAAAGAGUGCUUGCAGUUUUGCUCUGUGUGCAAUGGUUAUAAAGCACCGAGGUCACACCACUGCAGGCAAUGUGGUCGCUGUGUAUUGAAAUUGGACCAUCACUGCCCGUGGAUCAACUGUUGCGUGGGCCACCUCAACCACGCCAGUUUUGUGAAGUUUCUGUUGGCAGCAGUCAUUGGCUGUCUGCACGCUUCAAUUGUUUUAUCAAUCUGCAUAUACCACGCCAUACACCGCAUCUGGUACAUCCACAAUGGCACGGGGAGUGAACCCAUGAUCUACCUGACUUUAACCACUCUGCUGCUGACCCUCCUCGCUAUUGGGAUGGCCAUUGGGGUUGUUUUAGCUGUUGGCACGUUGUUUUAUUUUCAGAUCCGUAGCAUUCUCAAGAACCAAACUACAAUCGAAGACUGGAUAAUGGAGAAGGCUGUGUGCCGUCACAUGGAACAAGGUCUCAGGCCCUUCGUCUUCCCUUACGACCUCGGUAGGAAGAGGAACUUCGAAAUGGUGUUCAGUGCGGGCUAUGAUGGUAUACACUGGCCAGUGAGAGAUGGUUGCGGGGAAUAUGAUCUUACUCUCGAGCAGCUAUCUCAGAAGCGGGACAAGCUGUCCCGGUCCCGCUUGUACCGCUGCGUGUCGCGCUACUCGGGCCGCUGGCUGCCGCUGCUGCAGUCCCCCAGGGCUGCGCUGGCGGCGCCCUGCAGCACGGAGCCGCGACUGCCGCUCCGCGAGGGGGACUCUGUCAGGGUCACCAGGCAGAGGAGGUAUUGGUUGUUCGGGGAGAAGCUGACGGGGUCCGGGGAGGGUCGCGGGCCCCGGGGCUGGUUCCCGCGGGAAUGCGCGGCGCCGGCCGAGCGCUCCCGCGGGAACCACGCCAAGCCCGACUAGCGGUGCAGUAUUUACCAAGUCAACUCGGAUGAUGACCCAACAUUCAGACUAGUCUGAAUUCGGUGAAACAAGAUUUACGGUCUUAUUUUUUAAAAAUGUAUAUUUUUACUAGUUGUCCCGGCAAACGUUUUUUUGCCAUAUAAAUAAGUUUCAAGUAAUUUCUAGUUAAAAUAAAUGUCAAGGACAGGUGGACUACCCUUAUCACUAAGGGAUAUGAAAAAUAGAUGUUGGCCGAUUCUCAGAAUUAAUCAAUAUACCUACCUACUCACAAAAUUUCAUGAGAAUCGGUCGAGCCGUUUCGGAGGAGUACAGGAACGAACAUUGUGACACGAUAAUUUUAUAUAUAAGAUAUUUAUGACGUGAGAUAUAAAACAGGUAAAUAUAAGGUAUAAAACAUUUGUAAAUAAGUGAACAAUUUGUCUCUCGUGAUUUAUGUCAUGACGUUUUUAAAAAUAAAUCCCUACUAAUUUUAUAAAUGCGAAAGUAACUAUGUCUCUCUGUUACGCUUUCACGCCUAAACAACUGAACUGAUUUUGAUGAAAUUUGCUAAAGAUAUAGUUGAGCCUGAGAAAGAAAAUAUAUUAAAACAUUUAAUGCAAAAAAAAAGAAAAACGCGGACGAAGACGCGAGUAAAAUGUAUAAUUUAUAUUCGCCAAUAAACCACAGAGA